GUCUUGAAUGGGCGCCAACUGCAACCUGAGUAGGUAAACUCCGGUGUUGCCAUAUUCAUUCCUUGUAUUGCCUUCUUUUCGGCAUGGCGGUGUUGAUGCUAGCUAAGCCGGCUUUAUUAACAUGUUUUGUUAUUUGUGUCUUCCCAUUGAUCGUUUACGGAAAUGUUAUGAGACUUUUUACCAAUAAUCCACCGGAUUUCGUUAAUAUUCAGAACUUAAAAUCUAGCGUUCAGGAUCUUGUUAGCAAAGUAGGAAAUCGUUUGCGAUGCGAUGAUCAUGGACUUCAAAAAGAUGAAUGUAUGAAGUGCCUGAAUCCAGAUGACGUAAUUCGUGUGUUGAAACUUGAUCCUUUAUCAAAAUCCAUUUCGAAACAAAAUGCUGAAGAUCUUGCAAUAUUUUUCACGCACCAAAUUUUGUACUUCGAAUCAAUGUGCGUCUCUCUUUCUCCUGGAUGUGCUAAUUACCGAGACUGCCAGGAAGAAGUACUCGAAGUCGUAGACAGGUACAGUUCACCCAGAGAAUCAUUAGUGAAAAUUCUGAGAAUUUUCAAGAUGUACCUAAAAGAGGAACAGGGCAAACAAUGUCUGGAUGCCGAUCAAAUACUUUCCGAAUUACCAAGCUUUCAUGAUGUUAAUAAUAUUGUGUCUGAUACUAGAAGAAUGUUUGCAGUAGUGAUGGGUUACUUAUUUCAAGGAUACUGCAUAAAUUCUGGAGAAUCAGUAACAGAUUUUAUUGACGAUAUUUUUCAUCAUUAUGGUGAAGCUUGUUCGCCUUACAUCACUGUCGAAGGACUCAAAAGAAUCAUGCACGAUUUACAAAGUGGCCAGGGCGAUGACCACGAUCACAACCAUCAUCACUCUCAUCACCACGACAAUGAGCACGAGCAUGAUCAUGAUUGUGAACAUACUCAUGGCGAAUAUUCCCAUUAUCAUAGCCACUCUGGACAUUCUCAUGAUGGCCACGACCAUGAUAGCCAUCCCCAUCAUUUACACAAUGAUACCAUGGGCCAUUUCAGUCAUCAUCAUCUCCACCACAACCACGAUGAUCAUCUUCACCACGAUCACGAUCAUAUGCAUCACAUUGAGCACAAUCAUCUUAAUCAUGAUGUCACUUUUCCAUCAUCUGAUAUCGAACAAAAGUUAAAUGAAUCAGUGACUGAGGUUAGUGUCACUAUUUCUGUUGGUGACAACAACGUAACAGCUUUGUAUUCUCUGGGUUCUACUGAGGAAACAGCAUCCACUGGUAUAUUAACAGCAAAUUCUACGGAAGUAAGUGCGGAAAAUGGUACAUCAACAGGCGUCCAUCGAAGUAAGAGAUCCGAAUCGACUGAAAGACCAGUUGUGGAACCUGGAGAAUUCAAUCAGCCAGCCAGAUCUUUGAAAAGUGAUUUUUCUUUGCCCGAGGACCAGCACCAUAUUCAAUUUAAUCGACAUAGUGAUGAUGUCAAAAAAGUUUAUUUGUUAGAAAGCGAAGAAUACAAUCGGAACGUGGAGUUGAGUGGAACGCCGCAUCAGUUUGCUAGUUUAGCUACCAAGUGCCUGACUGUAGAAGAGCUCUUCCAAAAAUUCGGACAUCAGCCUAAUGGUUCUCUAUCAAAAGAUAGCUUUUACGAAAUCUGUCCAGCUUUGAUUCAACAAAUUGUGAGUGGUGUCUGCACAAAUCCUGUUUUGCCACCUGCAGUUAUGCCCUCAAAGAUGGAAGUGUAUGGAUACGGCUCCCUCGCUGUUCUCAUAAUCAGUCUCUCGUCGCUAAUUGGUGUAUUGCUGCUACCAUUCAUGGGCAAAAAAGUCUACAGCUACAUUAUUGCCGGAUUUUGUGGUCUAGCAUUCAGUACACUCACUGCCGAUGCUUUAUUACAUCUCAUUCCACAGUUUCUGGGACUGCAUACGCAUGGACCUGGUGGUGAUCAUGGUCAUUCACAUGAAGAAGUGGUUUUGGAACUUUAUGUUCAACUUAUGCUGGGAGUAUUCGUUACUGUAUACGCUCUCUUUCUUUUUGAAUCAAUCAUGGCAGCAUUUUCUGGAUCUGAUCAUCAUUCUUCGGAAAACAAAGGACACGGUCAUAGUCACUCUCACCUUCCAGAUGAACUUCCUACUCUGAUGUCGGUCAAGACGAAAUCUGAAACACAAUUGGCUGUUUCCAGAGACCAGUCAAACUCUUCUCUUGAUACAGAAAUUGUAGAAGUUGAAGCCAUGAAGAAACCUCCUAAUUUGAUGGUAAACAAGCCCAUAUUUUUAGGUUUAACAUCCUUUGCUAUAGUAGUGACUAUAGGGGACUCUAUACACAACUUUGGUGAUGGUUUAGCCAUUGGAGCUGCAUUUUCUACUGGAGUUAGAGGUGGGCUUUCCACUGCAAUAGCUGUACUAUUUCACGAACUUCCCCAUGAGUUUGGUGACUUCGUUGUUCUGUUAUCAACUGGUUUAUCGUUUUCAAAAGCUUUAUGGAUCAACUUCUUGAGUAGUUUAACCUGCUUCGCUGGACUUUACAUUGGCAUUUUAAUUGGCGAUAAUGAAGAUGCCCGGAAAUGGGUUAUGGUAGUAACAGCAGGCACAUUUUUAUACGUUGCUCUUGGUGAAAUGCUUCCAGACUUGCGUGAGCACCAUGGUGGAUCAAAGAUAAAAAUGUUACUUGUCAAAAACUUGGGAAUUUUGGCUGGUAUAGUUCUCAUGUUUUUGAUAUCAAUCUAUGAAUCAAAAUUGGUGUGAUAAAAACUAAAUAUUUUCGUCAUCUUUUACAACGAAAUGAUUGAAAAAUUGUCUGCCAUAAAGAGUCUUCCAAAAAUGAAAUUCACAGUUGUAUUCUCUGCAUUUUACUUUGAAGUAAAAUAUUUUGCUCCAACAUGCAUUUCGUAGCAUGGCAUGAGAUUCAUUUACUGCCGAGCAUGAAUCAUGUCUAAAAGUGUAGUAAUUUUUGCACCUGGAUGCAAAAAGUUGCCUUAUUACAUGUCAGAGUUGAUUUUUAAAGUAGUUUUUAUCUCAAUAAUUAUUGUUUUUUCGUAUAUUGUAUUGUCUUGAGAAACCGUGUUUUGUGAAAAGAAUAAUGUGAUAAUUUAAAAACUUAUUAGUAAGAUUUGAUUGUUGUUGUUGUUGAAAUGAAAAAGCUGACAACCAGGUUAGAUAUUUUUUAAGCAUACAGAAUAGUUAUCAAUUUACAGAGAUGGCAACUUAUACUGAUUGUUCUUUUUCUACGAUUUCUAACUAUGGAGUUAAGUUUUCAAAACAGCAGUUAAGUUCGGUUUGACAAUUUCGUUUAAUGUUUAAAAAAAAAAUUUUAUUGAAAAAAAUUUUUGACAAUACGAGAUAAAUACUUAUAUGAUUGCGCAUGGAAAAAAAAAACUAAUUCAUAAUACAACUAAUGUUUCACAAUUCAUUUCAGAACAAUCUUCGUGCAAGUAGACAUCUCUGCAAUGAUAUUAUUUUUUUAACAGAUAAAGUUGUGUUUAUAGAUGUCAGUAUUGUAAAUGGUGCAUAAAAAGCAAAUAGGUAAAAUUGAAAGUAUUUAUUGUCUAACAUGUAAAUAAAAUGUUACUAAAAUUGAGCAAUUCAUAUUUUCCCUUAAUCCUGUUUUUCUCUAGUAAUAAGUGAAAUUUCUACAAGUCAUUCUAAAUUAGUACUUCGACCACUUUUUAAUUUAAGACAAUUACCAAUUUACAAUUUUUAUCCAAAUGCUUAUGCAUCGAUAUUCUUAACUUCCUUUGCUGUGAUGAUUUUCAAUGAUUCCUUAAUUUAUAAAUGUAUUUAGAAAAUUAAUUCAUGUACAGCACAUAUUUUUGGGGCAGUCUUACAUAGCUGUACUUAAAUUUCCUUCUAAGAAGGAUGCAUUUUUUUAACUACUGUUUUAGGGCAGCUUGUUUGUUUUUAAAUUAUUUAUUUGUUUUUAGUAUAAAAAUAUGAUUUCUUUCUAUUUUAAUAUUGCCUGACUUAAAGUAUGAUUUUUGCUGCUAGAAUUGUUUAUAAUAACAAUAUUUGAACUGAAGGGUCAUUUUUUCAAAAAUAUUAUCUAUCCAUUAUCUAAACGUAUAAUGUUCAAGUUAAAAAACGACACGCUUGAUAACUUUUGUACCAGUAAUCAGAUCAAAUCAUUUCAAGCUCAAAAAUUCAAGUACUUUGGAUUUUAUUCGGAGGAACUUAGUAGAAUAUUAAACAGUAACCUAAAAUAGAAUUAUUAAAUAGAAUUAUAAGACAGUUAUUAAAUAGAAGAACAGUUAUAAUUAAAUAGAAUUAUAAAACAGUUAUAAUUAAAAUAGAAUUAUAAAACAGUUAUAAUUAAAUAGAAUUAUUAAGCAGUAACCUAAAAUAUUGUCUGCACAUGAGAAAUAGCUUAUUUAAAAUUCGCCCCUUAAUUGAUUAAGAUUAAAUCUUAGUAAAUGACGAUCCUAUUACUAAAUCAAAAGUUAUUAAGGUGUUUCGUUAUUUUAUUUUGUGUACCGUACACAACAAUCUUAGUACUUGCAGGAGUUUUUUAAAAAGAAAAAAAUGUCAAAGAACAUUUUAUAUUCAAAAUUUUAAAUUUCUGGUAAAUUUUUUGUAACGUUUUAUUGUAAGUUGAAAGUUCUUAUUUUAAGAUAAAGAAGUUCCUUAUUGAUCAAGUUUUAGUUCUUUAUUUUCUUUUGUAUCUAGUCCAAGAAUGCACUAUUUGUUUGCAAUGUUGUAUUUUUGACACAGUUUUUGUUUUUUGUUUAUUGUUGUCAUUAGCUAAGUAUCUUUUUAUGUAAAUGUUUGAAUUGAACGUAGCUGUUACUAAAUUUUUUUAUAAAAUUAAAUUAUUUAUUUGUGAUUUUUACAAUUAAACAUCAUCUUGUUUUUUAAUCAUUGUACUUCAUUAUUCCUUCUAAACUUCUAAAAACUAUUAAUCUCGCAUUUAAAAGCUUGUUUUCUAAUAUUUAAAUUAAUAAUUGUUAAUGUAUUUUUUGAAUCCUGAUCCAAAAAAAAAAAAAAAAAAAAGGAAGUAAAGACACUCAUUAAAGUUUGCAAAUUUAAGUGAGAAAAAUAUAAAAAUGUUAUCAAAUCCUAGCUAUUAACUUUUAAGGAAGCUGGUUUAAAAAUGUCAAAAACAGUUUGAGUGUUUUAAAAGUGUUUCUCUUAGCUGCCUUUCACUUCUUUGCCAACCAAAAAGGUUUUUGAUUUUUUGUCUUCAAUAGGGACUCAUCAUAUUUUGAUUAUGUUUUUGUGUGUUUAUUUGUUUGAUAAUGGUUUUAAGAGCAGUGAUUACGGAAUUCAGUUGAAUUAACUGUUUUAUGCCUUUGAUGGAAACUAUUUUCUAGUUACUGGUGUCAGUUUUUGUCCAAUGCUUAAAACCAUCAUUAAAUAACUCGUAAUAUUAAUAAACAUUCCAACAAAUUACCCCAAUGUAAAUAAUGCUUAACUUCAAACAUUCCACAUUUGGGCUUCCUUCUCUUUCAUAGUUCUCCAAUAAAUAAAAAAAAGUUACCCCAAUGUAAUGCUUAACUUCAAACAAUCCUCAUUUGGGUUUUCUUCUCUUUCAUUGUUCUCCGAAAAAUAA